UUAAUUUUCUUUAAAGAAACUCAAAUUUCAAUUUUAUUUAUAAAUUUCCACUAAAAGGACACAAAAUGCGACGACGUGUGGGCCUGGGAGCCAUCCAGCAGCAGAAACUGGCCGCGGAGAAGUACAAGGACAAGGGCACCGACCUGCAGGAAAACCAGCUCGAGCAAAUGACUAAGCAAAUGGAGGUUUUCCGUGUGAAACUCGAGGAGUUUGCGAUGAAACACAAGGAGGACAUCCGCAAGAACUCACAGUUCCGCAAGCAGUUUCAGGAAAUGUGCGCCGCCAUUGGCGUGGAUCCCCUGGCCUCAGGCAAAGGCUUCUGGAGCGUUCUGGGCAUGGGCGAUUUCUACUAUGAACUGGGCGUCCAGGUGGUGGAGGUUUGCCUGGCCGCCAAUCACAAGACCGGUGGCCUCAUGGAACUGGACGAGCUGCGACGACGCCUAAUCGCCGCCAGAGGUCAGAGUUCAGUGCACCAGGAGAUCACCAAGGAGGACAUCCUCAUGGCCGCCAAGAAACUGACCAUCUUUGGAAAUGGCUUUGUGGUGCACAAGCUGGGAAAGGGCAAGUACAUCGUUCAGUCCAUUCCCGGAGAGCUGAGCAUGGAGGAGACCAACAUCCUGAACGCCGCAUCCAAUACGGAACAGGGAUGUGUUACGCAAAGUCAGCUGAUGAACGAUUUGGGUUGGACCGAAUACCGCGCCCAGCAGUCACUGGACAAGGUGCUCGGCGAGGGUCUCUGCUGGAUUGACAAGCAGGCGCAGGAUGAGCCCGCCUACUGGUUCCCCAGUUUGUUUCCCGGUCGCAAUGCACAGACCACAGUCGCCACGUAGUGAUCUCAUAAAAUUAAUUUAAUAUGUACAAUAGUAAGCAUAAAAUAUAUC